UCAAAAUGGAUGUAAAUGAAGAAUUUCCAAUGCCGUCACACGCGUAUGAAAGUGGUAAAGAUGACGAGGACAAUAAAACUUCAGAAGAAGAAAAUAGAAAGUAUGAGGAAGAAAAUAAAAAGCUUGAUGAAGAAAACCGGGAUUAUGAAAAAGAAUAUAGAAAAAGUCUGAUUAGUCGAUUGUAUGAAGAAGAAAACAGAAAAAAACAAGAGUUAAUAAUGCGGAAAAGUGGUGUUUUCGAAAAAAACGAUAAAGAUUCAGACAUUAUGUAUAGUAUGUUUUAUGGAGACGAAGACAAUGAUAGUAAUAAAAAACAUGCUCUACAUUAUGAUGAGAGAUCUAAUAUAAACAAAGAAUCAGUUUUAACAACUGAAAGUGAUUUAGAUGAUUAUGAUAAAAAGCCCACAAUUGAAACCAGUACUGAAUCGGAAUAUGCUAAUGAAGAAAAUUCGAAUCUUAACCAAAAUGAAUCUAAUAAUAUUUUUUUUGGAGUAAAUGCUGAAUUAACAACGCCAUCGAGCAAAGGAAAAAGUACAAAUGUGUCUAAACGUAUUUGUAGUCUAAUUAAACUCAGGAAUUUGAAUUUCAAUUCUCCACAUACUCUUGCUGAGGUAAGAUAGCCAUAUAUUUCCUAUAACUGUUAUAAUUCAAUAUCAAUUUACACCAUUAACAUACUUUGCUCAGAUCUCAAAAAGCAUUAUUUAAUUGUAUGGAAUUCGAAAUAAGGUUAGGCUUUAACAUUCGUACCCGAGGCAUUAUAGAAUAAUUGAUUUUCUUACGUAUUUAUGCUGAUAAAUAGAUCCUGGGGUCAUAGAGGUGGCGAAAUUAUGAAACCGACAUGCAAAUCAAUCAACGUAAUGUUUUAAAUUUGGGGAAUAAUAUUUUCAUCAUCAUCAGCCGCUUUAGGUCUCUACUGCAGGAGCUCAGGCCUUUUUUAUGGAUGGGCCAUGACCAUCCAUGCUGGCCCGCUGCGGAUUAGAGGGUUUUAACGAUUGCAAAUGAAGCCUGGACCAAUAGUUAAACGUGCCUUCCGAAGCCCGGAGUAGCUGGACAUAAUUUUUUUUGUCACCCAUCCUGUGACCGACCAUUGCGAAAGUUGCUUACACUGAGUUACUCAUGUAUUUAAUAUUAAAUGUAUCCAAGAAAUAAUAUUAAAUAGAGAGAAAUAUAUAUGUAAUAAAGGGAAGGAAACCGUUAAACACAAUCGGCUAAAAGAAUUUAUCGAUUAAAAAUAAGCGACUGGCAUUUGUGUACUGAAGUUCAAACGAACAUUAUGAAUUAUUAUUUUUGAUCAAUUUUGCAUUCACAAUGCUAUACUGAAAAAUACUAAAAAAUCCAUUAUGUCCCU